AAUAUUUUUUUGCACAAUUAAUCUCACCCCCUAAUUUACCUCAAUUCUUGCAUAAAUCACUUGCAAUCGACCACCAACAUGGUUCACUUCCCUUCGCAAAAACGCCCUCUUAAAGAUGAUCCUUUUCAAUAUUUACGCCGCUGUCUGGAACCAUGGGGCCAAAAACCGUCCUUGUUACCGCUCUGUCUCCUCAUCCUACUAAUAAAAAUAUUCUUUUUCACAGCGAGAACUGUUUUCAUUUUGAAAUGGAUGAAAGAAAUUGACGUUUUGGAAAUUUCAGUCACAUGGCCUGUACCACUUUUGGUCGUUAUAAAAAUGUGCUACACUCUGUAUCAGCGCGAUAAAAUCGGUUUUUUAUUCAGAAGCGUAACAGAAAAGUUUUGGGAUUUGGGUGUUGGGGGGCCUGGUUUGGAAAAAGAGCUUGAAAAACGUUUUAAAUUGAUUAAUCGAUUUCUUUUUGGGCAUGUUUCAUUGGGAGUGUUUUAUGUCGGUUUGUAUGCGUUUUUCGCCGAUGUUCCCAUUCCCAAAGGGCGCACUAGGUGGUUACCAGUGCUCGCUUCCAUGCCCUUUGACCAGGACCAAAGUCCACAGUACGAAAUUUUAUACGUUCUAAUGUACUGGAAUUUGGUAGUUUCCAUUCUGGGACAUGGAGUUUUUGAUAUGGUUUUCAUUUAUUCGUCACAACAUCUCGUCGGACAGUUUAUUCUGUUGAAGGCACUUUUAAGAAAAUUGGAUUAUGGAUUUGAAGGACUGGAAAUUGUGGCAAAAGCUAGAUCAAGACAAUUUCAAAAAGAAAUUCGCAAGAGAAUUGCCAUUUGCGUCCAACACCAUAAUUUACUUUUGGCUUACGGAAACGAAUUAAAAAAAAUCGCCUCAAUGAUAUUUGGGGUUCAUGUCCUUUCGACUUCGCUUACACUCAUUCUAGUUGGCUACAUCUUAUCAAAAAAUUUGGAAAAAAUCCUUCAAUACUCAAUGCUUUUGAGUGGUGUUGUGUCUGAAGCGCUCCAAUUUAUCAUUUUUGCCGUCCAAAGUGGCGAAAUUUAUCAUAAAAGUGUUUCGGUCGCUCAAGCUGCUUACCAAUCAAAUUGGUAUGUUUUCAAUGCAAAAGCCAAACGUGAUUUAACUCUACUUAUCUUGAAUUCACAAAAAGGAAUUAGUAUGUAUGGGGCAGGUCUUGUAACAAUCAAUAAUGAAAUUCUUGUCUCUGUAAAAAUAAAAAAAAUUUUUGGUUUCAACACAAUUAAUUUUGAUUUUCAGAUGAUUCAGAAAAUUUUCUCAAGUAUUACUUUACUAAGAUCAUUAGGGGAACAGAAAUAGAACUUUCCACAAGGCUUUUACCGGACGAAAUCAAUCACUUUUACACUUUAUAACAAAUAGAAACGUUUUGUUCUAAUCGCAAAGAAAGUUAAAUAGUUGCACCGAAACUAAUUAUGUAACCGAUUCAUUCGCAAUUAAAAUUAAUUAGAUGAUUUUAAA